AUGGUGGACGAAGCUUACGCGAAGCAACGCAUCGAUUUUGUUUCUGACAAUGCCGGCACCACUUGGUGGGAAGUGGAGAAGCUGGUUGCCGUCGGCCCGACGUGCAUUCUUCUGCGAAAUAUAGCGCUGCCAUGGCUGUUUCCCGUCAAGAAUUUCCGCGUCUCUUGUACUCGAGACAAACUGGCAUUUAUGAUAGUUAGCAUAUGCAUUUGCAUAUUAGCGGUUGAUUUCAAGCUUUUUCCUCGACGUCUUGCGAAAACCGAGUCGUUCGGUUUCAGUCUGAUGGAUGUCGGCGUCGGCAUCAUCAUCUUUAUGACUGGUGUCGUCUCCCAUGCGGCGAGAGGGGUUACCGAAAGUUUGCGGUUCGAAAGCCGAAGCAUCGUCCCACUGUUAGUUAUGGGUGCCAGCCGACAAGCGAUGGUUUCCCUGUUGAACUACCCCGUUCACCAAACAGAGUACGGCGCACACUGGAAUUUCUUCUACACUCUGGCCGUUGUUAAGGCCUACCUGCUUACCGAGCCUUCCUCAAGGAACUCGGAUCUGUUCAGCCUAAAUCGAGAGGGUAUUGUGUCGAUAAUCGGUUACCUGUCGCUUUACCUAAUCGGCGUGUAUUCGGGCGGCAUUGCCUUCACGAUUCGGUAA